CUUCCCUCAGUCAGCCUGUUCUACCGUUGUACCUCUCAACCUCUCCUGUUCUCUUCAUUCACCGUGGGGCUGUCUGAAAAGUGAAGCAAUGAACGCUGGGAUCUGUGUGUGUGUUCUCCUCGCCGCCCUUGCCAGCAGCAGCCUAGGACGGCCCUCUCACUCACCAAACCCGGACCUGGGCGGAGCAGAGCCCCCCAAACUGGACAGCGCUCUGUCCACACACACACGCCAAGCCCGCUCGGCAGUGCCAGCAGAACAGCUGACCCCCUACUCCAAACCCAAUGAGGAGGAGGACUCUCGCACCAGUCUCAGCCAGAUACUGGCCAGAUUGAUAUCCAGGAAAGGUGGGUUCCAGCCUCCGAGAAGCAUGUCCAUCAACAGCCGAGCUAGCGGGCCUGGGCCCAGUCACAGAAUAAAGGACCGGGACUAUCUGGGCUGGAUGGAUUUUGGCCGUCGGAGUGCUGAGGAGUACGAGUACUCCUCAUAAAACGUGACCCUGAGCUCUGGUCUUUGACCCUGGAUCCUGCUACACAACACCUGCUGCGCAAACACCCCCAAAUCAUCUCAAAAAUUGUCAUGGAAGCAAGAAUUAUCAUCCCAAAAGCUAUAUUUAUUAUGUAUUUGAUGUAAAUUUGUUUGUAAACCGGAUAUAUGAAGCAAUAUAAAUGUAUGUAAACAGAUUUUUAAAGAAAAAAAUGAGAGAGAAAAAAAGUUUUUCAUUUGGUUUCUGUCUCUGACCAUCUACAGGGUGAAAUCUGCUUGUCCUCUAAACACAGAGAUACCAGGUUGUUGAAGAAUAAAGCGCUCCUGCAUCCACACACAGAAGCCUUCUCCAUACUGUUUCCAAACACUUAGCCAUUGGCCCCUGUAUUCAGCCCUGAGUGCUUUGCGGUCUUUGCAUUUAGCAGGUUCAUUUAGCAGCUCUUGUUCCCUUUGUCACAAAUGAAGUGGUUAUAUAACAUCUCAUGUGACUCAUAUUUGCUUUUCUAUUAGGUCGGAACUGCGGUUGUCACACACAUUGUUCCUUGGUCACCCAUAGAAGGGGAGAGAGAGAAAUGGCAUGGUCCAUUGAAAUGUAACAAUUCAAAAUAAGAUAGGGUGUCUGUGUGUGUGCGUGCAUCUAUGUGUGUCUGUAAAUAAGCAUUUAUUGAAUUUCAGUGUGGAGUUAUACCCCAAAGCCGAUCUCGGUUAUUGUACCCCUGGCAGCCCAUUACUCUCAGUUAUAAUGUUAAUGAGCGAGAGCUCAAACAGAGCGCUCCCUAUCUAAUUUUUCAGAUGCAGUGUCAGGGGGUGAUCGUCGCAUGAUCGUCGUAGCAAUAUCAUCUCUCACUUACUAAACAGAAAACAAGGACAAAGGGGUUAGGGAGACAAACCAAGAGAAAGAGGGGAAAGGGAGAUGCAAAUAAAGAAUGGAAAUAGGUUUUACAUUAAAAUCCACACUGCUUAACAAAUAUUGGAUAGAGUGCACUUGGGUGCAGGGUAGGACAAUAGCAGUGCAGCCAAGGCCGGCACGAGCUGUAGGAAGGAUAAUGUUGGCUAGCGCCACCGCGUUGCCACUGACACAGAUGUCCCACAAUGAACUGAUUUAAUUCACAAGCAACAGGUGUUGGCUGCUAAGGGUAGCAGGGUAGAGAAAGACAGGAAGGGCUCUGUUGUACAAUAAAGCAUACCAAUAAAAACUGGAAAAACAUAAAACAUCUGCUGCUUCUGUCGGGGCAAUUACCUGAUGGUGGAUGAUUUGGUUAGGUGGUUGGGUCCACAGAGAAUGGAGACAUAAGCUUGAAGCUGGGUUUGUACUACUGUAUAGAACCAUUUAGACUAGAGACCCAUUAUUUUGGGCACACCCCCACAUGGAUAGGCAAGGAGGGAGGACACUGAGAUAUACCCAGAAACCAACACACUGGAUUAUGUUUGAAAAUACUCCUGUAGCUAAUGAAUAAAGGUCUUGAGUUUGUUUUAUACC